AUGGAUUUUCCAGCUUAUUCAAAUGUUAAGGAGUGGAACAAUUCCUUUCUUGCUGCCUUUGAAACCACCAAAGAUGUAGUUUAUGAAGCAGAAAAUUGUCAAGAUUGCCUGAUGACCCCACCCAAAUGUGGGUUAAUUACUAUUGAGAAUGAAAUGAAAAACCCAAUGAUAGAGAAAUUCGAACAAGUAAGAAAGUGGAGCCUAAACAAAUACAAGUACACUCGACAACUUAUGUCAGAGAGGCUGGGACAUGGCUCAAGAACAGUCGACCUUGAACUUGAUUGCCAGAUUGAUAUAUUAAAAGAUAACAAGAAAAAGUAUGAAAAUAUUCUAAGACUGGCUCAGAUGUUUUCCCACCAUCUCUUCUACAUGGUGCACACCCAAAAACAACUUGGAAAUGUAUUUGCUGACUUAAGCCUGAAGUCACUAGAUCUACGUAAAGAGUUUGGCAAAAAUGCAGAUACUCAGAGGCUGAUGGCAAAAAAUGGAGAAACUCUUUGUGUGGCCAUUAAUUCUUUCAUUGAGAAUGUCAACACUUUAGUGAACAAAACAAUUAAAGACACUUUACUGACUGUGAAACAGUAUGAAAGUGCCAGAAUUGAAUAUGAUGCAUAUCGCACUGAUUUAGAAGAACUGAAUCAUGGAAUUGUGGGCCCACACAGUUUGCCAAAGAUUGAGCAGUCAAAGCUUCUCUUCCAAACAUACAAGGAAAAAUAUGAGCAAAUGCGCAAUGAUGUUGUUAUCAAACUCAAGUUUCUGGAAGAACACAAGGUUAAAGUACUGCACAAUCAGCUAGUCCUUUUUCAUGAUGCCAUUUCUGCUUAUUCUGCUGGGAAUCGGAGUCAGCUUGAAGAGACACUGGCACGGUUCCACAUCAUGAAAGCUCCAGGAGAAGAAGCCACAUCUUGGUUUGAAGAACACUAUCGGCCAGGUAUUGCUCUGGCUCGAUCUGAAAUUGGGCACUGGAUGUGCGAGACCAGGGGCUACCUGCCAGAGGUUUUGGGGACCUCUCUCCCAGGACUGGAACUCUGUGCUAGGAAGGUUGGUGUGGGGCCGGGACCCUCACUCCUGGGAGGGCAGGGAACGUCGCCAGCUGAAAUAUCUCUCCCCAUGUUUAAAGGUCAUGCAUGGGUGUGGGACAAGCCCGAUCUGCUACUCCGCUCCUCCUACCAGUCUCUAGGUGGCCUCCUCUGCAUGUCCUUAAUUGUAGGGCUUCGGUUCAGACCCCCUUCUUCAACCUUGUACUGCAUCAGCAUGCUGAGGAAAGUGCUCCAAGGCCCACAGCAGGGUUUGAUUUCUCGUGUGCUGCAGGAGGAAGAUUACCGCCAUAGCGGGGGUGUGAGUACCUCACCCACACGGAAGCUCCAUGCGGGCUUAGCAGACCAGGAGGGCUUUACAAGAAGGGAUUUUGACAGUGUGACCUGUGAAGACGACGACGAGCACCCCUCCACCUAG